AGUUAUAUUCUUGCGAAAAAAGUCGCACGAGACUCGACCGAGUCCUCGAGCACGUAGGACGAAGAUGGCGUACGGGAAGUUGCACGUGCUACCAUUGAGCCUGUUCAUCUUAAUUCCCGUGACAUUUGUGAUUACAUACACCAUAUCGGUGCAGUGGGACCACGUGGUGCCUGGAUUCCCUUAUAUAUCAGAGACCGGCACGUUGUCGCCGGAAUCGUGCAUAUUUGCUCAGUGUCUGAACAUCGCGGCCCUUUUGCUCGGAUGCUGCGUUUAUAUCAGACACCGACAGGUCCUGCAGUGGCAAAAAGAAAGAGGUCAUGAUCUGGUGGACAAAAGGCUCGUAGUAGUGACCGCCUACUGUGGCAUCUUCGCCUGCUUCGGUCUUGACAUACUCGCUAAUUUUCAAGAAGCCCGCGUAGUCGCCGCUCACAUGGUGGGAGCGAUGACUUGCUUCUCCGCCGGCACUCUCUAUUUCUGUCUUCAGACAUAUCUGAGCUAUAAGAUGGUACCAGCCGUGAACGGCACGACUGUCGUUUAUGUACGCGCAAUUCUCUCGGCCCUCACGUUAAAAUUGACAAUUGCCACGAUUGUUCUUGGUUAUAUUUCGAUGUCUGAAUUUCAGGGUAACGAUUACAAGAAGUGGCUACCGGCGGACGGUGGUUGGGGCUGGCAUGUCGCUAGUACGAUAUGCGAAUGGAUCCUCGCGAUCGUGUACUGCGCGUUCCUCCUCACUUUCGUUCCGGAAUUUCGAUUAAUUAACUUCGAAGAUCCCGUAGUUACGUUAGCGUAUUUGGACAAAAUCGCGGAGAAGUCCUGCAAAACGGAAGUGACCGUGCCACAGGAUACGUAAAUUAUUUCCUACAUCGAUUUGUCAAGCGUUCUCUAUGUCCAUUUAUAGUUAAAUUAACAGCUUACCUAAUCUAUCUUCUAUAUUUGACUAUUAUUACAUAUGAUCGCAACGAAAGAACGGCAGGAGAUUGAAAAGCGAAACGCAACGCGGACAUGUUGCAAACGCAACAAACGAAAAGAAAAGAAAACGAUUCAGUCACGACGGAUGGCUAAGAGUCGACAUAUAUAUUAUUCGUUCGUCGUGCGAUCGUGAAGAAAACGAAUAAAAAUGUUAUUUAAAGAUGCAGCCAUGUAUA